UAGUACGGCAAGCGGACACGUCAAGCGGAACAGAUUCUAUUGCUUCGUCUCGUCUUCUCCCACGAGGCCACGACGAAGAGGACAACAACACGACACUCCCCAUCUCAGUGCCAUCAUUUCCCUUAAAUAACAGCAUAGUUCCUUAAAUUUGAAAAGAAAAAAAAAAUAAUUCCCCCCCUCUCCCCCGCCCCGAUCACUCUCCGAUCAAAUACCCCAUUGAAACCCUAUUUUACUUCAGCCAUUCUCAAAAAGUUCAUCAGACAGAUGGAAUCAUGGAGGACAAUAUCUCUAUUGGCCGUUGAUUGUCUUACUUGUCGACUGCAUUUUCCUUGACAUGUAGUCAUGGUGACUGCUUGAUUCGGAGAAGCAGAAAAUUUCAGUGUAUCUUAUGGUGAAUAAGAAUUGAGAAGAAAACGUUGGAAAUAUUUGCUGAUUCCUGGAUUGUGACACCAAGAAGUGAAGCGUCUUUCAUGGAGUUGACACACCUUUAUGUGGCCACAGCAAAAGCACUCUCUGUGGGAUUGUGGGUAGAAAGGGGAUUUUGAUGAGAUGCUGAAAAAUUUUUAUGUGGCUUGUUGAGCUACUGGGAUGUCUUAAAGAGAAAGUACAAACAAUGAAUGGAACAUUUAAUGGACAGAUUUUGGUAGAAAAGCUUGCCAAGCUUAACAACUCACAGCAGAGUAUAGAGACGUUGUCACAUUGGUGCAUCUUUCACCGGAAGAAAGCAAAACAAGUUGUUGAAACAUGGGAUAGACAGUUCCACUGUUCUCCACAAGAGCAGAGAAUGUCUUUUCUAUAUCUUGCAAAUGACAUUUUGCAGAACAGUCGGCGAAAGGGUUCAGAGUUUGUUGAUGAAUUUCAGAAGGUUCUUCCAGAUGCUCUUAGUGAUGUGAUUGAGAAUGGGGAUGAAUUUGGAAGAAGUGCUGCACUCCUGCUGAUUGAUAUAUGGGAAGAGAGAAAAGUUUUUGGUUGUCGGGGCCAAAUUCUAAAGGAAGAGCUUGUCGGGAGGACCCCGGAGAAUAGUAACAGAAAUGGAAAAAGUUCAUGCUUCAAACUGAAACAGUCUGUUGGAGAUACGCUGGAAAAGAUCAGUUCAAGUUACCAAAUUGUUUGUGAUGUUUCUAGGGAUGAAGAGACUUUAUUGAGCAAAUGCAGGACUGCUGUUAGUGGUGUUGAAAAAGUGGACAAGGAAAUUGGUGGCAAUUAUAACUCAGGGAAGCGUAAUGGAUCUAGAUUUGUGGAUGAGUUGAGGGGCCAGCAUAGCAUACUGAGAGAAUGUAUUGAGCAGCUGAGAUUGGUUGAAUCAUCAAGAUCAGAUCUUGUAUCACAUUUAAGAGAUGCUCUUCAGGAGCAGGAAUUCAAGCUGGACCAAGUUCGUAAACAGCUUAAGGUAAAGGUGGAGGCAACUCUCAAAUGACUACAACAUCAUGAAUGAGUCUUUGGCAUGUAUCUUAGGUUGCGCAGUCUCAAUAUGAACAGGCAGACAAGUAGACAACAUCUGCCAACAAGUGCUAAACUGCAACAAUGGACAGUUGCUUGUUGAGCAAAGGUUGAAGGAAACAGACACCUCGUCUGAUGCACCUUCCAGUUUCCUUCAAGAAGUCCCAACCAUCAGCACUGGCAAAGAGCAAUCGGCUCCAGUCAUGUAUACACAGCAGGGAUCUUUCCCUGACAAGGCAGCCCACAUUGAAGAAGAUCCCCACAAAUCUGCUGCUGCUGUUGUGGCUGCAAAGCUUGUUGCUUCAUCUUCCUCGGUUCAGAUGCUCACAUAUGUGCUGUCAUCUUUGGCAUCAGAGGGUGUCAUUAGCAAUCCAUUGAGUGAGCCUUCCAGUGAUUCUCCUUUUGAAAAGAGGCCUAAACUUCAGAGUGGACCAUCUUCCUACAUGAUGCCUCAGCAUCCUCACCCACCAUUACCGCUUCUUCCACAUCCUGAGUCACUCCACAACACAGUCACAGCAACGUACCAAAUGUUGGCACAUCAAUCGGCACCUCCAUUGUCUUCUCCUAUGUCCCAUUCAGGCCCUACCAUUCAGCAGCUACCACUGCAACCACUCCCACCAAUGCCUCCACCACAGGCAGCCCAGUUCAUGCAGCAAACUAAAGGAUCUAUGACAAGUGUACUGUACAACUAUGGUAUAGCUCAACUGCCACCACCUUUGCCUGGUUAUCCAAUGGUUGGGGCCUCAGUUACAGGUGUGCCUUCGUAUCUUCUAAAUCCUUAUCAGAAUUUUCAGGGAUCAGAAGGUGGUUUCUAUGGCCACCCACCCAUACCUGCAGCACCACCAAUUUCUCGACAGUAGUUGUACUAGUUUGAAACUAAACAAAUCCUGUCCCAAUAUGGGGGACUGAGAUUUCAUAUAAAAAUAUGACACUAGUACAUAUUUGUAAAUUAAUUAAUAGUAUGAUUUAUCAACCUUUUCUAA